AUACAGAUUUGCAAAACAUGCCAACAGCAAAAAAAAUGCUGCUUGUAUUCCCCUCUUCAAGCCCUACUCUGGUUGGUCUGCUUUCGACUUCCUGUUCGUAUAAAAGGACCGACGAAAAAAUGUUUGGUCGGCUCUGUCACACUCGCAUCGAACCCUGAUCUCAAAAAAAAUUCACUUUGCUCGACUUACUGGUAUCCAGUAGGCUCUAUAAUUCCACAUCAAUCACAAUGCUAUUUCACUUGUUUAUUAUCAUGCUUGCUGCAGGUAGAUACUCCGCAAUGAAAUUGUCUGAGAGCUCGCCACAGUUAUCAGUCCCGUUCAAAGAGAUGGACAGUCGCUUGGAAAGCCGGUUAGACCACCAGGCAGGAAAAAGCGCUGAGUCCAUGGGGAUCGUAGUUUCUGAUAGGCUGGUUAAAAGGUCUUUGGGCGAGAGUUCGGUAGCGGAUAGAUGUGGAAUUUGCAACGAGGCCCUGCCGCCACUCAAGAAACCGAUGCCCGAUACCCACUGCAAGGACCGAUUCCAUGAAGACUGCCUCAUACUAUAUAUCAAAGAUGAAAAAGGCUGCCCAAAGUGCAAGCGAGUACAGGGAUUUCCAAAAAGACAUCCAAAAGAUGUAGAUAGGGGAUGUUGGCCAUCGGCAGUAGUUUGCGCGCUUGUAACAUGUACCUGUGCUGCAGCUUUUGUCUUUGAAGCAGGUUACUACUUUGCAAAAGAUCCCAGCUAGGGAGUUGUUGCUGUUUUUAGCAGGUCUAGCCCUCUCCUAAAGAAGAAGAUACAUCUGCCAUAUCACCACUUUUUCUUUUGAGAUACUCAUAUAGUACUGUAGCCAUGGUAUGCUUCAGUCAAAAUUCUUGGCCAUCUCUACAGUCUUGCCAGAUCUCACUCUGCUGUGAAAUGAAUCAUCUUGUCAUCUGUUUCCUAUACUUCACAACCUAUGUCAGCAGUGCCUUUGAUUUUGGUUCAUCAAAAAUCCAAAUAUUUAUAGGGGCUUGGUUGAACAUUAACAACUCCCAAAAAGUGGAGAGCCAACUCCCAAGCCCCGGAUUCCCCAAAAAAUAAUAGUUGAACAAACGGUGGGCCGCUACACUAACCGUAGCGGUUAGUGUAGCGUAACGCA